CAUGGAUGUACAGCCUGGACAUUGCUGGCGUUGUGAGGAGAAAAUUCUCCCAGAGCACACUGUGCCUUGCAGCCGAUGCCCGAUGGCCGUAUACUGCUCCACUCAGUGCCAAGUAAAGGACAGCAAUAGACACAGCACUGUGGAGUGCGAAAUGUUCGAGGAGAAAAUAUGCAGCACCUGCGACAAACCUGGGAAAACACUGGUGUGUUCAGCAUGCAACAAUGCAUGGUAUUGCAAUGCAGACUGUCAACGGCGUGACUUUCCAUUGCACAAAACAACAUGUCGGGAAGUUCUGUCCACCAUCAAGGAAAUAUCGAAGUAUCUGACCAGAUUGGUAAUAGGGUAUGGCGAUUAUCCCGAAUACUUUGGGAACACCAUUGCGGUAGACUUCCUUCGACUUGGCAACAAUGAAUGGUCCGGAAAGAAAGUUGAGGAGCAACGGCGAGAUAGGGACUACCGCGUCUUAUCUGCUGGUUGCGGAGACCUGCGCAACACAGUGUUGACGGCUGCUUCCCUGCCCUCUGAGUACCAGGGAAAGCUUCAUGUGACUCUUAAUGAUCUGGAUCCAUUUGUUCUUGCAAGGAACGUGCUGUUUCUCUUCAUGUUGGUUCGUUUUGCAGACACUGACUACAUUGCUUCUAGUUUGACGACCAUCUGGUACUCACUCCAUAUUUCCAAGAGAGAGUUCGACUUGAUCAAGACAAGCUUGGAUGAACUCAUUCAGAUGAGUGCUCAGCAACUCAGUGAUGCCACAAGAGGACUGGUGAGUGUCUUGGAUGAAGAACUUAGAUAUCUUCGCCAUGUUUGGAGAGGAUGGCAAUCACUGGAAUGUCGAAGAGGCAAUCCAGCCUCUAUCAAUCUCAGAAAACAAAGACAGAAAAUGUUUGAGAACAGUGACAAUUUUUUUAAGGUUGAACGCUCAGCAUAUUUGAGGUGUCUGAAUGCAAAUGAUAGAAAGCAGAUGGAAAAGUGGUUUGAGCAUGGUCUGUUCCUACCUUGUGAGGCAAAUCAAAGAGACAUACCAUUCGACAACCCUACACUUACUGCCCCAGAGGCAAGCAAGCUUAUAGCACCCAACGGUUGCGUACAACUUCUGGAAAGAUCUCCUGAGAUGCCGAAAGAGGUCGACAAGUUACAAUUCAAAUACCUCAUUAGUCCCAAAAGGAUGCCCUUUGCAGUGUGGGACUGUUUGAGAGUAAGAGAGCACAUCACCCCUGGAUCCGACUCCUCUCCGAUGGUGACGUACCACAAGUAUGUGACAAACCUCCUCCAGAAAGGCAGGAGCCUCAUCCGUCAAAAAAGGCUUCUCAUCCAUGUCUCCUUGGCCAACUAUCUGGCCUUUCCUAAACAUCAUCAAACCCUGAAAAUGCCCAGCUAUGACCGAAUCUUCACCUCCAACCUUGCUGACUAUGAUGGAUUCGCUAAACUUCUUCAGAUUUUCAAGCCACUGCUCAACGCCAGCAACAGCUACUCUGUCAUCGUCACCGAGGUGAUGGGAUUCCGUGAAAAUGCUGCACCUAACCCAUGGGAACUUCAGAAAACAAAAGGAGAACAACACGAGACCUUGGAUUACAGUGCCUUACACUGCUUUCUCCAGUAUCUCCGUGCAGAUAUCAUGGCAGGGGGGUUUCACAUACCGGCACUCAAGGAUGUACCAUCGUUUGACAGUGUGAAGAAGUGUCAGGGCAUGCGAAUGCGCGACUUCCGGAAGGAACUGAACAAACUCGUUCCAUUUCAGUAUCGAGUGAAUGAAAGGGACCUCACACUAGUGAACGCAGGUGGCAGAGCUGUAGAGUGGUUGCUUCCGAAGACUGAAAGUUAGACAGAAAAUAUACUUCACACACACACAAACUGUUUUGGAAGAUCUAGGAUUUUUUAAGAGGGAAUUUGGACAAGCACUAGAUGAUGUUCGAGAGAGAAAACAGCUAGGCCUGAAGCAAUGAAGUAAGAUUUGAGAAACAUUUUGAUGUCAUUUUAGGAAUCUUAAUUAAGGAAAUUUGAAGUUGUUUCCAAUGAUAUUUGAAUAACUUAACAUUUGUCAGAUAGAAGGGGGGGGGCCGGGGCGAUAGCCCAAACCAACCUCUUGGGGUAGCCCUAACCACCCCCCCCCUCCCGAUCUGCCCUUGUGCUACUGUUUGCUGCAUUGCAUAAGGAAUGUACUGCAUUGUCGUCCAUGUUCAUAAUGUUCAAUACAAGUGAACGCACGUGUAUAUGCUCUGUAUAUUAUGUUCGAGAGCCAACAGUCCAGAAUCAAUGAAUUAAGAUUUGCAAAACAUUGUGAUGUCAUAUCUGGAAACUUAGGAUUUGCUUCUAGUAACAUGUAAAUAAUUUA